AUGUGUUUACCUCGCAGUGCUUGCAGGGACCAUCCACUAGCUGGUCAAGUCGCGAGACCUGUGAUGAUAAUAAUGCUGGCAGAUGAGCAGAGCACUCCUAAGCUAGAGGUGGCCGACACCUUGGGAAAAAAGUCCAUUGCAGGGAUCCACUUCGGGAGCAAAUCACGACUCGUGAUGCUGCGCUACUUUGAUCCUAUCAACAGAACUCUGCAGUUCCUCACUACGGCCACCAUCACCCCAUCACCGGCUGGUCUUGCCAAAGUUGCUAGGUACGUUAUUAAUAAGAGGUUCGGUCGAGCUUCGGAGGCGGCCCAUGCCACGGAAAACCUGGCCGAGCGGACGGACUGGAAACUGUUCCUCGAACGAGAUGGCAGCGCUAUAGAGGUUGAUGCUCUCAGUGACAUGAACAAGUCAGUGUUCAACGAUGUCCUUGGGAAGUACCAACGUAGCAUUAGUGAUGGUGAGGUCAUCGUUGUGCAGUGGUACCAGGAAGGAGUCUUCACGCUGGGUCAAUAUUUUGAGUCCCUCAAGCACUCAGCGCCCGUCACCUUUGUCGUCCACGACCCCUUCACUCGUCUCCAUGGCCCGGGUGUGGACUUCGUUGACACGACAGCAUCGAGUGAAGGGCCUCCUCGGUACACUACACACGAGAUGAUGGUUGAUAUACGUAUCCCAUUGCAACAGGCUGUGAUGGAUCUAGUAGAAGCGAACAGAGACUCCAGCAAGCCGUCUCAAUUCCUGUGA